AUGGAGUUUUUCAACAGUUCCCAGUUUUUCAUGCACCACGACUACUUGGGCGACUACUUGCAAGACAAUGAGACCAACUCCAGCAUUGUUGAACCCAACUCCAUGGGUUGCUUCCAGCUGCGCAUCCCGCAGGAGCUCUUCCUGUCACUGGGCCUCAUCAGCCUGGUGGAGAACAUCCUGGUCAUCGUGGCCAUCAUCAAGAACCGCAACCUUCACUCUCCAAUGUACUACUUCAUCUGCUGCCUAGCUGCAUCCGACAUGCUGGUGAGCGUCAGCAACGUGGUGGAAACCAUUUUCAUGCUCCUGCACGACCAUGGCCUGCUGGACAUGCAACCAGGCAUGCUGCGCCACCUGGACAACAUCAUCGACGUGAUGAUUUGCAGCUCGGUGGUGUCGUCGCUCUCCUUCCUCAGCACCAUCGCGGCCGACCGCUACAUCACCAUCUUUUACGCGUUGCGCUACCACAGCAUCAUGACCACACAGCGUGCCGUAGGCAUCAUCGCAGCCGUAUGGCUGGCCAGCUUCACCUCCAGCAUUUUCUUCAUCGUCUAUGACACGGACAACGCCGUCAUCGUGUGCCUGAUCACCUUCUUCUGCUCCAGCCUGGUCUUCAACGCCGUGCUCUACCUGCACAUGUUCUUGCUGGCGCACAUACACUCGCGCAGCAUCACCGUCAACUUCCGCAAAAAGCGCCGACCAUCCACCAGCAUGAAGGGCGCCGUCACGCUCACCAUCCUGCUUGGUGUCUUCAUCGUGUGCUGGGGACCCUUCUUCCUGCACCUCAUUCUCUACCUCACCUGCCCCACCAGCCCCUUCUGCAACUGUUUUUUCAGGAACUUUAACCUCUUCCUCAUCCUUAUCAUCUGUAACUCGCUUAUAGACCCCCUCAUCUACGCCUACCGGAGCCAGGAGCUGCGCAAGACUCUAAAAGAGCUGCUCCUGUGCAGCUGGCUCUUCGGGGAGUGA